CGAAUCUCGACUACUUGCAGAAAAAUGGAUUACUAUUCCACGUAUCUCUAUAUGAAGUGGAAUGGGAAUGGUGAAUCAGAUUAUGUAAACUUAUCUCAAUCGGUCAUCAUCGGUUAAUGGGUCGGCGACAAAAUCCUCAAUUUCCUCAAAAGUUGACCUAUAUUUUACUCAAAUACAGAGAGAUUCUCCGAUCGCAGGUCUAUUUCUCCAUCUCUCUCUCUGAUUGUUAGAUUUCUGCUUGUUAAGAUUUGAAAUAGCUGAACAAGUGGUGUUGUUGGGUGGUGCAAUUGGUUUAACUUACUUACUAUAUAUAAACAUCCAUGAUUGUGAUGUUGAAGAAGAAGAAAGGGCGGUUUGCUGUUUGGUUCUUAACUGUUUUCUUGCUCCUCGUCGUCUGUGUUUCCGAUAACGAUUUCUCAAACUGUCAUUGCGAUGACGAGGGGAUUUGGAGCGUUCAUAACAUUCUGGAAUAUCAAAAAGUGAGCGAUUUCUUGAUCGCCGUCGCGUAUUUCUCGAUCCCAAUCGAGUUGUUAUACUUUAUUACUUGCUCAAAUGUUCCAUUCAAAUGGGUACUGUUUCAAUUCAUCGCUUUCAUCGUUCUCUGUGGAUUAACCCAUUUGCUCAACGGAUGGACCUAUUACGGUCCUCACACUUUCAGAUUGAUGAUGGCUCUAACCAUCUCCAAAAUCCUCACUGCCCUAGUUUCAUGCGCCACCGCUAUAACCCUUCUAACGCUCAUCCCCAUUCUUCUCAAAAUCAAAGUACGAGAGCUUUUCCUGAGACAGAACGUUAUAGAGUUGGAUCAAGAAGUUGGAUACAUGAAGAAACAGAAAGAAGCCAGUUUACACGUUAGAAUGCUUACUCAAGAAAUUAGGAAAUCGUUGGAUAAACACACCGUGCUAUACACAACCCUAGUCGAGCUCUCUAAAACCCUCGAUCUUCAGAAUUGUGCGGUUUGGAUGCCGAACAAUACUCAAUCGAAAAUGAACCUAACCCAUGAACUCAAAUCGAGAACUUCGAACAGAUUCGUUCGUUCUCUUCCUAUGGAUGAUCCCGACAUAUUAGAAAUAAGGAGCAAGAAAGGGGCGAGGAUUUUGAGGUCUGAUUCACCUUUAGGCGCCGCUAGCAGCGGCGAAUUUACAACCAACGGUGGGAUCGCCGCAAUCAGGAUGCCGAUGCUUAGAGUUUCCAAUUUCAAAGGCGGGACACCUGAGUUUGUUGAGACGUCUUAUGCUUUACUCGUUUUAGUCCUCAGAAGUGAUAACGAAGGCGGUUGGAGCGAUCACGAGAUGCAGAUAGUGGAAGUGGUUGCCGAUCAAGUGGCGGUUGCCCUCUCCCACGCGUCUGUUCUCGAGGAAUCGCAGUCUAUGAGGGAGGAGUUAGAGGAGAGGAACCGCGAUUUGCAACAAGCUAAAGCGGAAGCUAUGAUGGCUAACCAGGCUAGAAACAGGUUUCAAAAGGUCAUGAGCCACACCAUGAGAAGGCCAAUGCAUUCCGUAAUAGGAUUACUCUCGGCUUUCGAACACGACAGCUUGACUAACGGGCAAAGGAUUAUAACCGAAACGAUCAUGAGAACUAGCGACGUCCUCUCGACGCUGAUAAACGAUGUGGUGGAGAUCUCAGUUAAAGACGACGGGAGAUUCCCUUUGGAGAUGAGGCCUUUUCGACUCCAUCCCAUGAUAAAAGAAGCUUGUUGUCUUAUAAAAUGUUUGUGUAUAUUCAAGGGAUUCGGUUUUCUUGUAGACGUGCAGAAUUCGCUUCCAAAUCAAGUGGUGGGCGACGAUAGAAGAACGUUUCAGGUCUUGUUACAUAUGGUUGGUCAUCUUUUGGAUGUAAACGACAACAAUGAUGUUGACGGUUUGGUUAUAUUUCGGGUGGCUUCUGAUAGUACAAACGACGUUAGAAACAACGCGUGGGGCGGAGGAGGAGGAGGAGGGAUGUGGAGACAAGGAAACACUGAAGAAUUCGUCAGUAUUAAAUUUGAAAUCGAGAUCAACAAGGGCGGUAACCAUUCAAAAGACGCCUCAAUUCCUAUGAUCCCCAUUAACAAGCAUCAAGAAGACAUUGCAGCAGCAAUUUCUAAAAAAGGAAUGAGCUUUAGGUUAUGCAAGAAGAUUGUACAGAUGAUGCAAGGUAAUAUCUGGAUAUCUUCAAAACAGGGUCAUACAGAGAGUAUGACUCUGGUUCUCAAGUUUCAAAUUCAACCCUUCUUAAGAAGUAUGCUGGAAUUCAAAGCCUCAUCCGAGCAGCCUUCGAACUCCAUAUUUAGGGGACUCCGUGUUCUAGUGGCGGAUGACGACGUUACCAACAGGUUGGUUACUAAGAAGCUGCUUGAGAAACUCGGUUGUCUGGUUUCGGUUGUCUCGUCGGGCCCGGAAUGCUUAGCCCGUGUGGAUGCUAAUAAUAAUAAUAUUCAGAAUUCGGUUCAAGUUUUGAUUUUGGAUCUUCACAUGCCUGAUAUGGAUGGGUUUGAAGUAGCCAUGAAGAUUAGAAGAUUCCCAAACCAUACUUGGCCUUUGAUCAUAGCUUUAACUGCUAGCGCCGAGGAUCAACUUUGGGAAAAAUGUUUACAAGUCAGGAUGAAUGGGCUCCUUAGAAAACCCGUUCUUUUACAACAGAUCGCAGAAGAGCUUAGGAGAGCCAUUCAACUGGCAAAUGAUCAGGGGGUGGUUAUUUGAAUUUUCUCAAAUUCAACUGUUUAGAAUGUCAUAUAAAGAGUCUUACUUUUUUUUUUACCAAACUUGUUUGAAAUCUGACCAUGUAUACUUCAAUAGAUAUGCAGAUAGAUUGUCUCAAAACAUAGAACAGAACAUUUUCAAUAGAAUGUUUGGAUAUUAUAGGAAUCUCAUCAGCUGCUGCAUAUUUUGUUUCAUAAAAAUAGUCAUUGAACUG